AUGGUAGUUUCAAGACUGGUCAGUGGCCGACCAAAACAUGGAGAAGCGGCUGGGAUUGCAGCGGUGCUGGGGGUGGGUGGUGAUCGAUGUUAUGGCGACAGUGGUGGUGGCAAUGACGAUGUUGAUCGCGACUGUGGGGAGGCAAUCCCACACCAUUUCAAGGGUGGCGAGGAGAAGGCAUGCGUCCCUCAAAUUGUCUCCCUCGGUCCGUACCAUCACAGUGACGAGCGCCUCCGCGAGAAGGACAAGGAUAAGUGGCACGGCCUUAUGUGCAUGCUCAAGCGCAAAAAUCGGAAGAUAGAGGACUAUCUAGAUGUGGUGAAGCAAGUCGAGGAGAGAGCCCGCGCUUACUAUGAGGGGACGAUAAAGAUGCGCAGCGAGGAGUUCGUAAUGAUGAUGGUUCUCAAUGGGUGCUUUGUCAUCGAGUUGUUAUGGGGAUACUCCAUUGGGUUCGAUAAACUUGGUUACACUCCCAAUGACCCCGUCUUCUCCUCAUCGUGGAGUUGGACGCACAUUAUCUUGCAGGACAUGAUCUUGCUCAAGAAUCAGAUCCCGCUCUUUAUUCCGCUCUUCAUUCUCGACCCUCCAAGAUUUGCCUUUAGCUUCUACCUCUUAGGUGAUCAAGAAUUGGGGUCUUGGCAUGAUCUUGCUCGAGAAUCGGAUGCGACGAGGUCACAUUUCCUCAACUUGGUAGCCUUCGAGCAGUGUCACUUCAAUUGUAGCAAUGACGUCACCUCGUACAUGUUCUUCAUGGACAACUUGAUUAACUCCGUCGAGGACGUGGGGCAUCUCCACGAUUGUGAGAUCAUGGAGCACUGGCUCAGGAGCGACGCCAAGGUUGCUGACCUCUUCAACCAGCUUUGCAAGGAGGUGGUAUUGGUCGACAGCCACAAUUAUCUCUCUAGACUGUCUAAGGAUGUGAAAACUUACUCCUAG